ACAGCUACCGCCUCUGUAAACUCGUCCACUCUUCACUCAACUUCUCGUGCGGUCAGUUCAGUGCUCGUAUACUCGUACAUCAACACUUCCACAAUGCAGAACGCAGCAGCUCCUCGCCCCGGGCCUCGCCGCUACAGAUUCUUCGGUCUCGUUCCCCGCAGAUUGCCUAAUCUUCAAAUUGACAUCUACGGGAAUGGGGCUAGGAAUGCUCCUACGGAUACCUAUGUCUCUUAUUCAAGGAGUGCUGCUUCGAGGCUGAAAAAGAGUUUGUUAAGAAGCUAUAUCAAAUUUGGCUAUGCAUUCCUUUACGGCCUGCUCAUGUCAAUGGUCGCUUUCUUUCUGGCCACCGCAAUUUGUAACUACAUCAACUACACAAAAUGCUACACACACCAAACCUUAAGGAUGCCUUUGGCCUGCCAGCCUUCACACAUGGACUUCAAAGAGACCGAGGUCAACGUUACGAUCACUAUGGACACUUCCUGCAAGCCUGAACGUUCCUACCAAGAGCCGAUACCUAUUGACUGCGAAUUAGGAACCAAACUGAACCAAUCAGUGAAGGAACCAGGCCAAGUCUCUUGUUACAUCCAGAUUGCUGAAUUCAAGAGGUGGAAGGAGGUGGUGGUGCGAGGUGCAGAUUGUGACGUGGAACAAUCUAUGACUCGAGUCGUCGUGGAUGUCACAAGAAUGUACUACUACCAAUGUGCCGAUACCGGGAAGUACGAAAAUGAGGAGCAUAUCCACAUCGACCACGUCUUCGUCACCGACAAAGCUGCCAUCAUAGAAACCUCUCCUAAAGCUAAGAAAUUAAUCUCCUACCAGAUGUUGACUUUCCCGUGGUAAGAGAUGUGGUCAGGUUGAUUUUAAUAUUUUGGUAAUUUGAUAAGUUUAUGUUAAGUUCACUCUAUUCCAAUACAAAGUGUAGUGAGAAAAAGAUAUUAUUUUUUCCAAAAAGUAUUUGUGCAGUUAACUUUGGAGGCAUUCUUAUAAAAGUAAGUGGGUUUUUCUAAUAUAAAUUUGAUCUAUGUGAUUUUUGUACUGGGUACUGCUGUACUAAGUAAUCAAUAAUAUUAGUGCACAUUAUCUGCACAGGAUAGAAGAAUAACUUAGGAUAGUGGAAUACAUAUAUCAGAAGUAAAAUUUGUUUUAAAAAUAUUGUAAUUUUUUUACGGUCGAUUCUCUGAGGUUAAAAUAAUAUUGUGAAGAAAAACACACUACUGAUAAGAAUCCGAGAUUACAAAUUAAUUUUUAGUAAACUAUAUUUUAUAAACUAAAAUUUAUACUAAAUUUUAAAAAUAAUAUAAGCAUUUAAUUUCAAAUAUCCAAAAAUGUAAUUUAUGAAUUCUUGUCCAGACAGUCAGAAUUAUGUUUUUAUGCACUUUUUCUCACUACCAGAUCAUUGCAGUAACUUGCAAUUCUUUAUAAGACUUUCAUAAUCGAUUUAAAAUUUUGCUCUGAAUUUCCUGAUGAAACAAAAUUAUUAUUACAUUAUCAUAUUAUCAUUACAUAUCAUACAUUAUCACGUCCUAUUUGACAUACCGAAUUUCUAUUUAAAAAUUUCGCUCUAAAAUGAAAAUGCCGAAUACACUUCAGAAUUAUGCAAUAAAGUGUCAUUUUGAAAUUUCCAUCCACAUUGGGAUUUUAUAGACCAUUUAUAUAUUAAGAUGUCACUUAAAUAAGUGAAAUUGGCCUUUGGAAUACAAUAAUUUAAAAAUACUGCAUCAAACUUGUUUUUUUUAUUAGCAGCAUAUUUAUUAUCAUUAGUCAGAACCUCUUACAGAAUUCAUAAUAUGAAUAUUGAGGCAUUUUCAUUUGGUGUCAAACAGAAAUGUUUUAAUUGGAAUAGAGUUAGAUUUAUAAGAGCAUUUAACGUUAAGUUUAUUUACACACUUAAUUUUAAUUACUAACAAUGUUUUAAUAUUUGUUUUACUUCGAUAUUAUACAGGUGUCCCGAAAGUCUCUACACAAAGAUAUACCAAUUUAUUGCUCUAGUCAAGACAAAAACAUUUCAACAUAUGAACAUGGGGUUCCAAUACUUAGUUUUCUAUAUGUAUGUCUGAAUUUGUUUUAUAUAAACAAAAACCAUCUUGAAAACUAAAAUAAUUAAAUUACACGAAAUUAUAGCCAACAAUACAAAAGUGAAUAAACAGCAGCUCCAGAAUAACUUAUGCUUAUUGUGCUUAGAUCCGAGGUUUUUUUUUAUUUAAAGUUAUAAUGUUCAUUAAGAUCUUUUGCCAAGUAAAUUUUGUUUUAUCUUAAAGAAUAAAAAAAUAAAUAGACAUAUUGUAAAAAUCAUAUUAAGAACAAUAAAUCUUUAUAAUAGCAAAGAAAAACUAAACAAAACUUUUUAAUAAUUAAGAGUAACAAACUUAUUUAUUUACAUUAUUGCUUCCUUUAUUUAAAACCACCGUUAAAGGAACCAAACAAAAGUUACUUUGACUAUAUUGACAUCUGAGUAUCAAGAGUAUUAAACAACUAGCCCAAUCUUACUGUAGUUUUGAGAAUGUUUUUAUAAUUGGAAACUCCAUAGGUAAGCUGUUUUAUUGGGAAAGACAGGUGUUAAAAAUAAAAUAUAUAAACAUAACCGCUAAAAUAAAUUCAAUGAAUAUCAGGUAUUUGACGCUAAAUUAACCUUAGAAAAUUCUGAAGUUUGUGUUUUAAAUUCUUUUCCUUAAAAAACACAAAGAUUUUCAAAAGUCAUACUAAAGGUAUUCUAAAGGUUCUGAUUAUUCAGUUUUUAUAUGUUGGCUGAAAACCUCAAUGUGGGCCAUGUUUAUUUAUUUCAUUAUCAUGUUGUUUUAUUUAGAAAAUCAGCUCUAAAUCAGUUAUUUAUGAUUCGAUUUAAAUUAUUUUGGUAUCAUUAGAUUUCUGAUAAAAUUUUCAAAACAAAUAUCUUAGUUGUAUUUCUUGAAAAUAACUUAUUUUUAAAAUGUUUAAAGUUAAAAAUGUUUUGAUGGUUAUCAUUGUGAAAAUAUUAGAGAUAACAAAUUUUUUCAGUAAUUGACCUUUGAGCUAAAUUUGUUAUAACUUAAUAUGUUGUUUUUAAGAUAAUAGUUGUUUUAAUAAAGAUCCUAAACAUAUAGACAUAUGGGAAACUAAGCAUUCGAGACCCAUAUGUACAUAUGGUGAAAUGUCUAUGAUUUGACCUGAGCAAUAACGUGGAACAGUAUACCCUUUUUGAAGAGAGUUACGGUACACUCUGUAUAAUAAUCAUUUUACCUAAGUUACUAUUUAUAUGUUGUGUUACUGUGUUAUACUUAUUUAGUGGACCCAAAAAAAUAAUAAAACAGCGAUAAAAUAAACACAUUUUAUAGUAGUAACUAUUACCAUUACUAACAUUAUUUUAUAUUUUGUUUAAUUUUUAUGUUAUUUAAUAAUUGCUUUUCCUAUUUCCUUAAUAAUAUGUUUUACUAUGUUGUUAUACUUAUUUAGUGGACCCAAAAAAAAUAUAAAACGCUGAUAAAAUGUU